AUGAAAAUGUGAUCUUGUGUGUUCAGGAGCAGCGCUUCCUCAGCUGCUCGUCCCUGAAGAAGGACAUCAGCCUCCACUGGCACACGCUGACCAUCUUCCUCUGCACGGCGUUGUUCCUCAACGCCUCCGCCGCCGUGCUCGUCUCCAGCGGCCUGUCUCUCCGGAGGCUCCUGGGCAGCCGCAGGGACCCCGAGCUCUGGGCGGACGCCCGGCGUGUGGCUGUGAGCGUGGCGGCCGUGACGGUGGCCUACGUGCUCAGCUUCGUGCCCUACCACGUGGUCCGCACGCCGUACACUCUGACCCAGACCAGAGUCAUCACGGACUACCCCACCACGAGGCGGCUGUUUCUUGGGAAGGAGUCCACGCUGCUGCUGAGCGUGUUGCACCUCUGCUUCGACCCGCUGCUCUUCUUCUACCUCUACGCGCCUUUCAGGAGCACUGCCCGCCGGAUGUACCGAUGUGGCGGGAAGCGGACGGGCGGCGGCGGCGAGGAGGAGGAAGAAGAACGGGCUGCAGAAGGAACGAUGGAGGCUGCAGGAGGACGACGUGUAGACACAGAUAUUCAUGAUCAAUAUCAAAUAUAGAAUUACAGUAUGUAAACAAACACACAAUACAUGCUUAGCCUAGCUUAGCACAAAGACCGGAAGCAUAUGGAAACUGCUAGCCUACAAUCACACGUUUCAUCAGCUCCCGAUGUGGACAACAAAAACUAUUUUUGAAAUGUUAUUUAAUCUUAUUUAAUCUUUAACUUUCAGAGAAACUGGAGUAGAACAGACCUGCUGUAUGAUCUGAAUUAUGAUUUACUACAAACACACAUUAAAAUGUUGUUUAUCAAUGUGUGACUCCAACCUUUUUCAGAAAUCUUCAUUGAAAAAAACAACCAAUCAAAUAGAGAAAUAUGAAUAGAGUUCAGCGCGUCAUUAUGAAUAUGUGACCAGCAGGCGGCAGCAGAGAUCCGUGAGCCUCCAUCAGUGACCGUAAACUUUACAACAACUUUAGAUUGUUUCAUAGAACACGCUGUCACCUGAUCAACAUGCAGAAUGUAUUCAAACAAUGUGAGAGAAAGAAAAGCUCUGACUAAAAUACAAUGAUCAUACAAAUAAAAUCUGUUAAAAUGACAUGUUUAAAAGUGAAUCAUUUGAUAUUAAUAUGAAUAUAAUAUGUCAUUGCAACAUGAAAUGUUUUUUAAACCUUUUUAAACUUUACAUUGUUUAGUGUCUUCAUAGUGUCGUUUUCUGUCUCUUCGGGCUUGUUGCUCAUCUAUCUGAUGCGAUGUCUGUCUUUGCAGGUGUUUCGCAUUUUUGUAUUUGUUUUAGUUCCUUUAGUGUCUCUU